UCUGAGGUAUGGCGCCUGCGGUUGCCGGUUGCUGAUGAGGCCGGCAGAUCGUUGAAAGCGCCUCAGAAGAAUCGAGGAAAUCUGAGGACGCGGGACUGGAUCAGCUUCAAUAUGCCUGUUUACUGCAACAGUUGUGGAAAGAAGGCAGCAGUCCUUAGGCGUCCCAAAACAGGGCAUUCUCUUUGCAAAGAAUGCUUUUUCUGGGCUUUUGAAGAGGAGAUUCAUCAGACAAUCAUAUCUGCAAAGCUUUUCCAGAAGGGAGAGACUAUUGGAAUUGGGGCUUCUGGUGGGAAGGACUCAACUGUUUUGGCUCAUAUUUUGAAAGUCUUAAAUGAUCGAUAUAAUUAUGGGUUAAAUCUGAUGUUGCUUUCUGUGGACGAAGGUAUUAGUGGCUAUCGUGAUGACUCCUUAGAGACGGUAAAGAGAAACCAGCAACAGUAUGAUCUGCCACUCAAGAUCAUUUCCUAUGAAGAGCUAUAUGGCUGGACAAUGGAUCAGAUUGUGAAGAAAGUUGGUUUGAAGAACAACUGCACAUUCUGCGGGGUCUUCAGACGGCAAGCUCUUGAUCGUGGUGCCAUGAUGCUGAAAGUGGACAAGGUCUGCACAGGUCACAAUGCAGAUGAUAUUGCUGAGACAGUCUUGAUGAAUUUCCUGCGUGGAGAUAUUGCUCGCCUACGUCGCUGUACUGCGAUUACUACAGGUAGUGAAGGGGCAAUUCCUCGUUGCAAACCACUCAAGUAUGCUUAUGAGAAAGAGAUUGUGCUGUAUGCUUACUUCAAGAAACUGGACUACUUCUCCACUGAAUGUGUGUAUUCUCCUAAUGCAUAUCGGGGCUAUGCCCGUACUUUCCUGAAAGACCUGGAGUCAAUCCGACCAAGUGCUAUUAUGGAUGUGAUUCACUCUGGUGAAAACCUCUCUGUGAAAGAGGAUGUGAAGAUGCCCAAGCAGGGCACUUGUGUACGCUGUGGUUACAUUUCUAGCCAAGGGCUCUGCAAGGCUUGUGUUCUUUUGGAGGGGCUGAACCGUGGGCUUCCCAAACUUGGUAUUGGCAAGCAUGCAAAAUUGCAUAGCCGACUUCUAAACAAAGAACCACUCACUGAAGCAGAGAAGAAGAAGUUAAGAGUAGUUGAUUUAUGAAUACUUGCAGCUACUUUGACAUCUAGGUUUAAGUUAUAUAUCUUGGCCAAAGCUGCCUUAAAGUGUUAAGUGGCCAUUUUCUGAUGAAGGUGCUUUUACCAAUCUGAAUAGAAUUGCUGGCACGAAGCAUUUUUAUCAUGUUCAUGUCUGCCAGCAUAGCAAUAUUAUGAAGUAACAUUUAAAUUAAGUUAAAUUGCAAGGACAGUGAAUUUAUCGUUAAAACAUUUGGAGUAAUCUUUGUAAGAGAGGUGGAAUCUGCUGCUGAGGACCCAACACCAAUCUGUUCUUUACCUAAAAUUCUUACAAUGGAACAGUAAAACUAAUGUACAGGGUUUCUUUUUUUGAAAAGCAGAGAUUUUUGAGUAUUAGAUAAAGGUCAAGUGCAAUAGUUGAUCCAUAGGUAAUGUAUGAUUUGCACCAUGUUAAGAAAAUCUGUGUUUAUGAAUGCCUUUGUAUAUCAAGUUUAAGGUAAUUAAAGGAAGAAAAAAAUAUAUAACCGAGAUGAUGAAAUUUCCUCUUCUAGGAAGAGAAUUCUAUUUAAACUUGGUUAAUCUGAAUGUUGUUCCUGUUUUAGUAAAACCAGAACGUUAAUCUCUUUGGUUUUGGUUUAGGUAGAAUGGAGUUUGCAGAUUUGCUCAGAGGUGGAACUAUAAAUCGUAUAGUUGGUGGGGAAAAGAACCCAGAACAAAUAGUGCCAUGAAGUUAGAUAUGGCCCUUGUGGCUAAAUGGAUCAGGGGGUAUGGAGAGAAAACAGGUACAGUUCUGAGUUGGAUGAUCAUCCAUGAUCAUACUGAAUGGCAGUGCAAGCUCAAAGGGCCGAAUGGCCUACUCCUGCACCUAUUUUCUAUGUUUCUAUGUUUUUUUUCUAUGACUACUGGUACCCAGGGUGCCUAACGUUAGCAUUUGUUCUUCUAAAAAAAAUGGCUCAAAGAUUACACUGUUGGCACUAAGAUCCUUCACCUUGCUGAGAUUUGUGGUUAGAUUUAUAGAACCCUACAGCACAGUCUCUGAGCCUUCAGCUCAAAUAGUCCAUGCCAAACCAUCAAUUUGCCUAGUUCCAUUGAUUUGCACUGGGACCAUAGCCCUCCAUACACCUCCCAUCCAUGUACCUCUCCAAAUUUUUCUUAAAUGUUGAAAUCGGCCCAGCAUCCACCAUUUGUGCUGAAAGCUUAUUCCACAUUCUCACCAUCCUCUGAGUGAAGGAGUUUCCCCUCAUGUUCCCUUAAACAUUUCAACUUCCACAUUUAAUCCAUGACCUUUAGUUCUAGUCUCACCCAAUCUCAAUGGAAAAAGCCUACUUGUAUUUACCCAAUCUAUACCCCUCAUAAUUUUGUAUAUCUGUAUCAAGUCUCACGUCCAUCUUCCAGUCAGAGAGGCAACCAUCUACAACUCUCUGGCUUCUUCCGCAAAGCCAAUGUCUAAUCCAAUUUACUAUCUCAUCUUGAAUUCCAAGUGACUGAACCUACUUGACCAACCUCCCAUGCAGGACUUUGUCAAAGGCCUUGCUAAAGCCCAUGUAGACAACAUUCACAGCCUUGCCUUCAUCAACUUUUCUGGUAACUUCCUCAUAGAAUACUAUAUGAUUGGUUAAACAUGACUUGCCGCGCAUAAAGCCAUGUUGACUAUCCCUAAUCAGUCCCUGUCUUUUCAAAUACUUGUAUACUCAGUCUUUUAGAAUACCUUCCAAUAACUUUGCCACAAUUGAUGUCAGGCUCAUUGGCCAAUAAUUUCCUGCAUAUUCUUAGAGCUUUUCUUAAGCAAUUGAACAACAUUAUCCUUCAGCAUCCCACCUGUGGCUAAGGAUGUUUUAGAUAUCUGCUAGAGCCCCUGCAGUUUCUGCACUAGUCUUCUGCAGGAUCUUGGGGAGACACAUUGUCAGGCCUUGUGGAUUUAUCCACUCUAAUUUGUCUCGAAACAGCAGACUCCUCUCUGAAAUCGGUAUAGGGUCCAUGACCUCACUGCUGUAAUUGCCUCACAUCAAUAGACUUUGUGUCCAUUUCCAGAGUAAAUACAGAAUGCAAAAAAUUCAUUUAAGAUCACGCACAUCUGUUUUGGCUCCACACAUAGAUUACCACUCUGAUCUUUCAGAAGACCAAUUUUGUCCCCUACUGUCCUUCUAUUCUUAAUAUAUCUGUAAAAGCCUUUAGGAUUCUCCUUCAACUUGUCUGCUGGAGCAACCUCAUGUUUUCUUCUAGCCCUCCUGAUUUCUUCAAGUGUUCUCUUGCAUUUCUUCUUCUGCUCAAGUACCUGCUAUGCACCUCCUUUUUUUCAACUAGGGCCUCAAAUGUUCCCUAAAUCUGUUAUCCUUGCCUUUUAUUUUGACAGGAACAUACAAACUGUACUAUUAAAAUAUUACUUUUGAGGGCCUCCCACUUACUAAGAACAUCUUUGCUGGAAAACAACCUAUCCAAAUUCACACUUGCCAGAUCUUUUCUGAUACCAUCUAAGUUGGCCUUUCCAAUUUAGAAUCUCAACCUGCAGACCAGACCUAUCUUUUUGCAUAUUUACUUUAACACUAAUGGCAUUGUGAUCACUAGAUGCAAAACGUUUCCCUAUACAAACUUAUGUUACCUGCCCUGUCUCAUUCCUUGUAAUAGACAAAGUAUUGCACACACUCUCAUUGGGACUUCUAUGUACUGAUUAAGGAAACUUAGCUGAACACAUUUGACAAACUCUAUCCCAUCUGGUCCGUUUUAUAGUAUGGGAAUACCAGUCAAUAUGUGCAAAGUAUAAAAUCACCUAUUAUCACAAUGUUAUAUUUCUUGAUCCUCUAAAUCCUGUGGAAUGUUGUUUGGUCUAUAAUAUCUUAUUAUUGCAGUCAUGCCUUUCUUAUUCCUCAUUUCUACUCAUAAAGCCUCUAGAUGAACUCUCCAGUCUGCCCUGUCUGAGCACUGCUAUUUUUCUUGACUAGUAGUGCCAUCCCUCCCACUCUCUCAGGUUUAAAACAACAGAACCAUGAAACACAGCUGCCAGUCCUUCCCCUCCUGCAACCAAGUCUCAUUAAUGGCUACAAUGUCUUAAUUCCACAUGCUGAUCCAUGCCCUAAGCUUGUCAGCCUUUCCUACAAUACUCCUUGCAUUUAAAUAUAUGUGGCUCAGAAUAUUUGUUCCACCAUGCUCAACCUUUUGAUACCCGACUGUGUAUGUAGGCUUAACAACAUCUUUCUCCACAACCUCUUCACUAUCUGUUCUGGUGCUCUGUUUCCCUCAUCCCACCCCCCAAUCUCUAGUUUAAGUCCCCCUCCCUCCACUGUGCAGCAUUAGCAAACCUUCCUGCAAGGAUAUUAGCCCCCUCCAGUUCAGGUGCAAACCAUCCAUUCUGUACACGUCCCACCUUCCCAGGAAAAGAGCCCAAUGAUUCAAAAAGAAAACUGAAGCCCUCCUUCCUGCACCAACUCCUUAGCCACAUGUUAAACUGUAUGAUCUUCCUAUUUCUGGCCUCACUAGCACAAGGCAUGGAUAGCAAUCCUAAAAUCGCAAUCCUUUAACUUCGUACCUAACUCCCUGAACUCAGUUUGCAGCACCUUGUUACCCAUCCUACGCAUGUCAUUGGUACCGAUAUGGACCACAAUCUCUGGGUGCUCACCCUCCCACUUGCUGAGAAUGCUGAAGACUGGAUCCAAGAUGUUGCUGACCCGGGAGACGACAAACCAUCCAGGAAGUUCAUUCUUGUCCAUAGAACCGCCUUUCUAUUCCCCUAACAAACAAAUCUCCUAUCACUACUCCUAUCAUUUCUUCUCUCCCCACCCACUUCCCUUCUGAGCCAUUAGUGUGUUAUGCAAUUCAUUCUAUGCACAUUAGACCUCAAGCAUGGUUUGAAUUGAUUUGGAGUAAGACUGCUUUUGGAGGGAAGGUAGAUUAAUCUGAAUGCGGGUCGGUCUAGGCUAUUUACUGAAAUUUAAAACUGUCAGUGGCAGAGAUCUGAAAUAAAACAUGAAAUGUUGGAAACACUAUAGAAGUUGGCAAUGUCUUGUGAAAAGACAAGCAGAUUUUAACCCUGACUUUCCAAGGUUCAUUUUGGCCUUUCCUUAUCAGAAAUAUUCCCUUUGUCUUAUUUACCCUUUACCAUCCUCUCUGCAGAUGUAAACUAUUGUGUUUUUUCAUACCUUGCCAGUUCUGAUGAAGGGUCUUCAACAUGAAACGUUAGUUUCUUUUCUACAGAUGCUGACAGACCAGAUGACUUUUCCACUGUUUUCUGUUGAUUUCUUUGGUUAUGUACUGCAUUAGCUGAGCAAGUAUUGGAUGGCAGUUUGACUGGCUGUUUUACCAACUCAGUAUAUAAGAUUCUCAUAACUUCUAUUUUUCUCCUUGAUAACCAUGUAUUCCUUCUAGUCCUCUCUCUUGACUGGUACUGGAACAUCAUAGACUGCAGAAUAUGGUUUGGAAGUGCUUUAGCGAAGAACUGUCAGUCCUUUCCAUACUUGGACAUAUGGGCAAAUUAAAAUUAGAUCGAUGUUCAUAACUAGAUAAAUGAGGGUAAAACCUUUAAUUUUUAAGGUCUUUUCUGUUUUUGUAGAAAUAACCCAAUUGAAAUGUUUUCGCUCUGGUAUAAAAGAGUAGGAUGUGGUGGUUUAGUGAUUUGGGGAUUAGUGGUUUACAAUGAUAUCCAUACUGAACACUACCCUGGCAAGACAGCCUGGUAUGAUUCUACAUUGUGUGUUUAACUCAGUACAAAGUUUACCAAUUUAGUUUUGUAUUAUGCUAAUUGACAUCUGGAUUUAUUUUAAUAAAAUAAUUUAAUAAAUUGAUUCAAGUAUUUUAUGUUGCCUACAUUUCAAACCAGCCUCUACAUCUACAUGACAUCAAAGCAAACC